AUGUACUUUACUCAAACUGUACACUGACAGCAGCACAGAUAGAUCAGCAACCCUCUCUGUUGAGGACAGGAUAUGACCUGCAGAACAAGAUAUGCUUUUAAAAGAGAUGAAAGGAGUUUUGGUGCAUUUUCUCCUGAGUCUAACAGCCGUGCAGUGUGAAUGGAGUGUGACCUACUCCUCUACACAUGUCUGUGGUCUUAAAGGAGCAUCAGUGGUCCUCCCCUGCACAUAUCAGUAUUCUUAUGGAGACACGUAUCUAGGAGGAGAGUGGUAUGAAGAGAAGAGUGGUAGAGUCAUAAAACACAGUCACUCUAAUUAUCCUGACUGCAGUCUGAACAUAGACACACUUUCAGAUGGAGACUCUGGUGUUUAUCAGUUUCGGUUUUAUACAGUCUUACACUUGAAAUGGAUGACAAGCAAACCUGGGAUUACAGUGUCUGUUACAGAUCUGAAAGUAAAGGAAGUUGCUGCACGGAAGCAGAAUCAGACUGAGGUGACCUGCAGCACCUCCUGCAGUUUGGGCUCUGAACUUCAGUAUGUCUGGUACAAGACUGGACAGCGUUUACCAGGCAAAACCACAGCCUCCAUACUAGUCUAUGAAGUGGCCAGUUACUCCUGUGCAGUGAAAGGUCAUGAAGCUCUACACUCCCCAGCAGUGUGUGUUCCAGAUAAAGAGUGCUGGGGUGUGACCUACUCUGAUGAGAAUAUCUGUGUAUUAAUGGGCUCAUCAGUGGACAUUCCAUGCACUUACUUGCAUCCAAGAGAUGACCGCAUCAAAGAAAUGUUUUGGUUUCACAAACAAAAAUAUGAAAAGUAUUUUGGUGAAAAAGAAAAUAGUUGUACCCUGAGACUGGAUCACAUCAGAGAGAGUCACUCUGGAGAAUAUACCUUCAGGUUUACAACAGGACGAGGACAGAAUUACUCUGGAUUACCUGGAGUCAACAUCUCUGUUACAGAUCUGCAGGUGUGGGCACCUCUUGAUACAGUGAAAGAGGGGGACAAAGUCACCCUCACCUGUAAUACUACCUGUACUCUGAGUAACGACCCCACCUUCAUCUGGUACAAGAAUGGACAGCCUGUGACCUACAAACAUACAACCAGAAACAACAAGCUGCAACUAAACCCAGUCAGCAGUGAGGAUGCAGGCAAUUACUCCUGUGCUGUUAAAGGAGACGAGAGUCUCUCUUCAAUAGCUGUCUCUCUUGAUGUCCGAUACAAGCCAAAGAAUGUCCUCGUGUCCAUCACUGCCUCUAGUACAACAGAGGAGGCCAGUGUAGUGACUCUGACCUGCAGCAGUGAUGCCAACCCACCAGUGCACACCUACACCUGGUACAUGAAGAGUGGAGCUGAAUCUCUUGUUAGGGGCACAGGGGAGAGUAUCAGCUUCAAUCUGACCUCUGAUACCAGUGGACCUUACUACUGUGAGGCACAGAAUGAAGAAGGCUCUCAGAUUUCUACUGAAGUCACUGUCCAAACAGAUGCUGAUGUCCUCCUGCCAGCCAUUGUCACCACAUUCAUCAUUCUCGCCGUCCUGCUGAUACUUGGAAUUGUGCACUUGAGUAAGAAGAAUUUUGAACAUACUACAGACAGAAGACCCACAAACAUACAGAGAGUGACCUCAUGUGAUCAAGACGACGUUCAGUAUGCCAGUGUUCAGAUCAAUCACUCAAAAACACAGGAAGUGCCUCGAACAUCCACACUGGACAACAACACUGUCUACACUUCAGUUCAGCUCCUCACAGGGAGUGCUGCCACCAGGUGGGCAUUUCUGCUCAUUACAACAAAUCUUGCUGCCUAA